AUGGCGUAUGCUCUAACUCCACUUACUGACUGCGAGAUUAAACUCGAAGUGCUCGAGUUAAUGUGGAACAAAAUCUCCGAUGCCCACGACAAGCUCACCGGUUGCAAGGACAUUGACAUGUCCCACAACUAUUUCAACGAUGCGCGAUACACCAAAGCACUAAAUCGCUACGUCUUGGUCAAAUCUGCGCUUAAGAGUCGUAUGGCUGAGCUCGAACCUCGUCCUGUACCUCAUUCGCCUCACAAUCUUUCUGUUUUCGCUCAAACAAUGGCCGCUCAUCCACCGCUGCCUACGAUCCAGCCUCCAACAUUCAACGGAGAACUACUCGAGUGGCAAUCAUUCAAGAACAAAUUCUGGGAGUACGAGGAAGUCCCGUCUACUCUCCAAGAGUCUCUCAGCGCUAAAGAAGCUGAGUGUAAAGUUCACUACAUCGCUACUCACUCUCGCGACAGCUCUGGUCGCUACAUUGUGCGUUCGCCCUUCAAAUCAAACGCUUCGCCACUUGGACACUCAAAAGGCAUCGCACAACACUCACUAUCACGCUUACUCAAUCGCCUCUCGCAUCAACCUGAACUCCAGCAUCUGUAUAAGGAUUUUCUCAACGAGUACGAGACCCUGGGUCACAUGCAGAAAGUCCAACUAUCAAACGCAUUAUCUGAUGGUUACUAUUUACCACAUCACGGCGUAAUGCGCAACAACAAGAUCCGUGUGAUAUUCAACGGCUCCUGCAAGACCACUUCAGAUGUUUCGACAAUCCUGGUACAUCCUGAUGAUCGCAAGUUUCAACGAAUAUUGUGGAUCAACGAAGCUUCAGAAAUCCAGCAUACUGAGCUCUCUACUGUCACAUACGGCACUACGCCAGCUCCUUAUCUCUCACGUCGCACGCUUCAGCAACCACAACUAGAUGAAGGCCACGACUUUCCACCAGCUGCUGAACCCUUCAAAAAAGGUAGUUACGUUGAUGAUAUCACUGGUGGUGCUGAUGAUCUGGAUACGCUUAAUGAGAUUACUAAUCAGGUUGAAGAGAUGUGCCUCAGAGGAUGUUUUCCGCUAUCCAAAUGGAAAAGUCAUCAUCCGAGAUUUGUCAAACGCCAGUCAACGUCAUCUGCUAGCUCUGAUUCGCAUGUAUUCAACGAAUCUGCCACAAAAAAUCUGGGGCUUGCUUGCGAAUACGCACCAGACGUACUCAAGGUCACAAGUCACACUCAGCAGAGAGCUGCCAUAACCAAACGCACCAUACUCUCUGCAACGGCUCAACUUUUUGACCCACUGGGUUUGAUCUCACCAGUCAUCGUCCGUGCUAAAAUUCCGAUGCAAGACUUGUAA